AUGCUCGGGAACGUCGCCCGUAUAUCGGAGCUUCAUAAAGAGAUCGAACAUGGCAAGCGGAUGCGAUCUAAGAGGAAACAUGAUGGCUCGAGUGGAGAUGAUCAGAAUUCUAAUGGACUGGGGUUGUUGAGUAUUGAUGAUAUUGACUCGUGGACGGACGAGACGUUGAUGGACGAGGAGGAUCUAUACGAAGUGUUCGAGCAGCUCCGAGCGAUCGGGGAGCCCUGUACUCUCUUCGGAGAAUCGGACAAGGGAAGGUAUUUGCGAUUGGUUGGGCUGUCCUCGAGGGCUCCUCGAGAUGAUGAAGAUGGCCAGACUAAUGUCCUGCAGGAGGUGAUGCAUGAGGAAGCAGUGGAGGGACCGGCACAGGCGGAAGAUGAGAGUUUGGUCAAACCUGAAGAUCGUGAAGUCAUACGAUGGAUAAGGAAGAUUCUGAAAGCAUGGGAGACAGAGCUCGGCGCACGACCAGAUGAGAUGAAGCAAACCGCUGCGGGUCGAAACUUGACAGCUCAAUACCGGCAAACCAAGCAAUACCUUAAGCCACUGCUGAACAGACUCAAGACGGGCUCGCUGGACGAGGAGAUCCAGACGAAACUACAUUCUAUUGCGAAGCUGAGUGGCAUGAAGAAGUACCGUGAGGCCAAUGAGUUCUAUAUGCUUCUGGCAAUCGGUGAGCCAUCUUUUGUGAUGCGCCCUGGCCCGGUGGGUGUCACCCAGUGGGGUAUCCAAGACCGAGCUGCUAACGACAGAUCGGCUCGAAUCAAUGUGCACAUAUCCUGA